GGUGGCCGACUCGCCGUCCUAAAAUGCCCCACUAUUCUGAUCACAGAAGAGGAUAGACUUUGAGCUUAUUCGAAGCGAGAUAGACCCAAUAUUCCGAGCCCGUCAUGGUUGUGAAUGGCUGCACUCUUUUCUUUUGUUGACAGCUUCAUCAUGCCGGUAAUCAUCAAGGAUUUGGUGUCUCAAUGCGGAAAUAUGACGAACGCAUCUCGACGCUUUUGAGAGGUCGCAAUGGAUCUACUGCUGAGGCAGUGAAGCAGGGGCCAUCGAGCCUAAAGUCUCACGACUAUAGCUGGAAGUACUAAUGCUGCUUCUAUUUCUCUAGAAACUGGAACUUGUCUUCCUUCUUUCUUAUCUCGCGAGAUCGUAGUUAUUGAACAACCUGUCGUAUCUAAAUCCAUCUACAAUACACCCUCAACAUGGCGAUAACAAGUCUCCCCGCAUGGCCACUCAUCCUAUUUGGGGUCCUCGAGCCAAUCGCCCUAGGCUGGGCCUGGAUAACCACAAUGAACGACCCGUUCCAAUACUUUAACGACCAAGCACCAAAUUACCCUCAGGAGCGAGACGACUUCCCACCUCAGGCAUUGAUUCUGACGCUGAUGAUGGCCAACGUUCUGCUUCUACUGGCCGCUGUGGCAGUCAUCUGCUGCUUCACCACGCGUGCUAGUGUGACCAAGUGGUAUCUGUUUGCAGUGGCGCUGGCCGACUUCGGCCAUAUCUACGCAACCUACAAAGGGGUCGGGCCAGAGCAUUUCUGGAACCUGGGGAAAUGGAACCACAUGGUUUGGGGAAAUGUUGGCGUGAGCGCUUUCCUAAAUGUUAACAGGUGGCUGACUCUACUGGGGGCUUUUGGAACGGGGCGCCCUGCGAAUGUUGCUAAGAAGAAUAUGUAAGUGCAACAGAGGAGCAUCAGGCAAUCACAGGCAAUGAACCGCCUAGGCAAUCCCUGGAAUAGGGUACGCUGAAAUGCACAUAAGAGUAAGUGGUGUAUUAUCAUGGCAAAGCGGGCUGCGGCAAGUCAUCAAGGCGGUAGUGAAACUACAAACCGACCUUUGUUUUAUGAACUAAACUGAUCCAGUCCUCUGAUGAAGAAUAUAUGCAAAUUUGGUAUCGUCUCUACUCUGCUCUACCUCCUCGUCUCACCUUAACAUUAUCCUCGCGAGUUUCCAGAACAUGAGACUCAUACAAUCUUCGGGAUAUGAUUCAGUACACAUCGAACCGCCCAACCCUCAAUGCCAG